GAGAAUGGCAUGUCUUUGGGUCAAAAUAUCAACAUUCAUUGUGCAAAAUUGCAACGCACGGACUCAGUUUUGUUCCUUACACAGCGUGAUCCGGCCCAGAGGAGAUUCCGAAGGUCUUGGAAAUCAGCGGCGAGCGCAACCUCAUCGACAACUUCUCCUACCACGUGUAAUAAUCACGGUACACAAGUUUGAUUCAAACCUAAAAUGCAUUGUUAUGUUUAUGCUUUGUAUUUUUAUUAUGACGUUUUGAUUUAUUUCAGUUGCAUGGUUUUGAUUUAUUUCAUGAUUAAGAAAGCAUAUUUCAUGUUAUAAACCUCAAAUCUCUGUUUUUCUACUUUGUUUCAUACUUCCUUCAAAUGUGGAGAUUUACAUGGUUUUUUUAUACCUCAUCGACAACUUCUCCUACCACGUGUAAUAAUCACGGUACACAAGUUUGAUUCAAACCUAAAAUGCAUUGUUAUGUUUAUGCUUUGUAUUUUUAUUAUGACGUUUUGAUUUAUUUCAGUUGCAUGGUUUUGAUUUAUUUCAUGAUUAAGAAAGCAUAUUUCAUGUUAUAAACCUCAAAUCUCUGUUUUUCUACUUUGUUUCAUACUUCCUUCAAAUGUGGAGAUUUACAUGGUUUUUUUUAUAUUUUGAUUUAUUUCAAACAUAUUUGUAACUAUGAUCAAUACUGUAAGAUCAAUGGCACCAUCUACACUUAACCAACAUAGGUCGGUUGCAGCCCUACAUCACGUCCCUACAAAGUUUCCUUUCGUGUUAUUUGAUGACGUUGAGAGCGAUGACUUACCAAAAUUUAAGAGUAUCGUAGCCAGAAUUGUUGUUAAGUUCCCUAGACGUCAUGACAGCCAACAUUUUAUUCUACAAGACAUCACUGGGUCAAAAAUAGAAGCAAUUUCAUACCGCCAUAAUGUCCAAAGAUUUGACACCUUACUCCAACAAGGAUCUACAUAUACAUUAUAUGGAGUGGCGUUCUAUGUAAGCUGGGGGCCGUAUCUAUUUCGGAAUUUUGGACAUAGGCUAGAAUUGACCUUGGCAACUCGGACUGUUGUGGAACCAUUCCACUUGCCAAUUCAGUUCCCGCCGUAUCCAAAACAUCUUAUGCCAUUUCAUGAGGUCCUCCAACAACCUCAUAAGAGGUUUAUAGAUGUAAUAGGAAUUGUCAUUCAUUUGGCGCCGUUAGAGCACAUCGGUGGAAGGCCGUACAGAGAGGCCAUACUAAUGGAUUCCAGGUGGGAUAUAAUCGUCGUGGGUAUAUGGCCUGAACUGUUGCAAAGAAAUGCUCUACGGUGGGUGUUAGCUAGAGACAACAAGAGCAUAAUUAUCGGAACUAUGCUGCGUCGUAACAAGCUACACAGAUGCUUGCAAACCUCGGACCAUAGCACUGUUGAAUUCGAUCCAGAUCAUCACACCACACAACGGUUGCAGACAAUUCGGCGCUCCAUGAUCCAAAAUCCGAGGAGUGCUUUAAUCAACAAUUAUCUAGAGAGGAGGCGUGCCUAUCUGGCAACAGUGGUUCCGGAUGUGUAGUGUGAUAGCUUGUUACAUUAUAGGAUUUGAAGUUAUGUAUCAACUAAAGAUGGUCACAAUUAUUUGUAUUUCGCCGCUUAUGUAUUAAAAACCGGCUCUUUGCUCUGCUGAAUUCGAUA